CAUUAAAUCAUAUAAUAAGUGAUUUAAAAGAUGAAAAUAAACUUUAUAAUAGAAAUUGGAAACUUUACAUUUUGUUUAUUUUGAUUAAUUAAUUGACUAAGUAAAUAUGUUAGAACAAGUUAAACAAGUAAUUUUAGUAUUGUCUGGUAAGGGAGGUGUUGGCAAAUCUACAGUAAGCACACAAUUGGCACUAACACUGAAAGAAAAAGGAUUUAAGGUGGGUUUAUUAGAUAUAGAUCUGUGUGGGCCGAGUGUACCUUACAUUCUAAACUUAGAAGGUAAAAGUAUUCAUCAAGGGCCGGAAGGAUGGAUCCCCGUCUACUUAGAUCCUGAACAAAGGCUAGGAGUUAUGUCUAUUGGGUUUCUGUUGAACUCCAGAAAUGAUGCUGUGGUCUGGAGAGGACCUAAAAAGUCCUCUAUGAUCAAGCAAUUUUUGGAAGAUGUAUGUUGGCAGGAUUUGGACUUUUUAGUUAUUGAUACACCUCCAGGAACAUCUGAUGAACAUAUUACAGUGAUGGAAAAUCUCCGUCCAGUGAAGAAUUGCGCAGCAAUUCUUGUAACCACUCCGCAGGAGGUGGCUAUUGAAGAUGUUAGAAAAGAGAUUACAUUUUGCAGAAAAACUGGGAUACCUAUUAUGGGUAUAAUUGAGAAUAUGAGUGGUUAUGAAUGCCCAUCAUGCAGUCAUUGCACAAAUAUAUUUUCAAGUGGUGGGGGUCACUCCUUAGCUGAACUAGCUAAACUUCCAUUCUUGGGUACAUUGCCCAUUGACCCCAGAGUAGGGCAAUUAGCUGGCCGGGGACUGCCAGCAGUCAAAGAAAUACCAGAUUCAUCUACUAGUAAAGUUUUUGGAAACAUAGUUGAUAGUUUAGGGGGAUUGCUUAGUAAUGGCUUAUAAAAUGUUUGAAGCUAAGUUUUGUUUGCCAAUAUUGCAUACUAGAAAUUGUAUAUAUUGUGUGUUAAUAAUAUAAGAAGAGUAAAAUAUAUAUGUAUCUUAAACUUUUUAUUUUCUAAAAUACAUUUUGUAUGAAUGUGAGGAAAUAUCAAAAUAUUUAGGCAAACCAAAAACUAUUAACUAGACCAUAUAAUGUAUAUUAUCAUUCCAAAAUUGUUAAAAAUAAACACUGUUA